AUGAGAUCAAGUAGCAACCAGAAGGCUGGGGAUGCAGGGCGCAAGCAGAGUCCCGGCGGUGCUGGUGGUGACGGGAUUCCAAGUGCCAGACGGCCGACUUCUCAGAAGAUUUGGGGCACAUCCUCCAACUCGUUCUCGCAACGAGGCUCCAUGCCCAUACACCCGAAUGGGAACAAUGCUCAAGCCAGGAACACAGGCAUGAUGAGGUCCGCCGCGCAGAGGGAUGCAGGCAUCACAGACAAACAAGCACACGAGAGAUUGGUGUUCCUAUUUGGGGCGGCUAUAGGUCUAAACAUCGUCCUUACGUCCAAAUCAGGAGAAAAGUUCGAGGGUCUAUUGUCUGGCUCAUCGCUCACAGCAACAAGCACCAAGAUCACUCUCAAGAUGGUUCGGAAGCUACCACCUGCCAGUUCAGGCCAGGCAAACGGCGUAGCAUCUCGGGAAGCGGCCUUAGUUGGUUCGAGUCCAGAGUAUGCAAUGAACUUUGAUUUAAAGGAUAUGGCCGACAUGAUCGUUGCCGACUUCUCUCUGCCUGAGACCACAAAACUCACCAAUGGGUCCUCGUCAACGUUUCAAACUGAUACCGAUAUCUCUGGAAAUCAGGUUCGGGGAGAACGCGAGCUCCAAAGAUGGGUACCAGAAGGACCAGACAACACCGACUAUUCAUUGGGUUCAGGGAAUACCACUAGUUGGGAUCAGUUUGAUACCAACUCUAAACUUUUUGGCGCCAAGAGCACUUACGAUGAAAACCUCUAUACUACAACUAUCGAUCGCAACGCGCCAUCCUACAAACGCCGUGAAGCUGAAGCUGAAAGGAUCGCGCGGGAAAUUGAAGGGUCAACAUCGGCAAUCGCACACGUUCGCGAGGAACGUGGUCAGGCUCUCGAGAACGACGGCGAAGAUGAGGAGGAGAAAUACAGCGGAGUUCGUCGGGACAAGCAAUCCUUCACACCACUGUCUGUUGGUGGGGCGAACAAAUACACACCUCCCGCGAGGCGUGCGCCUACUGGACAAGCAACUGUUCCUGGAGCUCCUAUAGAUCCCGCGAUCAUAUCGGCGCAAAUUUCUCGACCGGAGCCGGCUGCGGCCAGCACGCAAAAAUCGAAACAUGAAAAAGACAUCCCUGUUCCGGCUGAGAAGAUUACGGCGCCUGCUCCAGACAAGCAGCUAUCUGAACCAAAUGGUACGGCGUCGACACUGAACGCUCAGCCCGACAAGGCUAUCAAACCAGCGAGUCCAGCGACCCCCAGCAACGCUGAGUCGACAGACAUUGAACCACAACCCAGCAACAAACUCAUUUCUCAAGGCCCGACUGAAAACGUCGAAGUCAAAGUCCUCCACCAAUUCCGCCAAUUUGCCGAUCUGGAGAAGCAAAGGGUCAUUGAGAGAAGGAAGGCUCAAGCGAACCAAGAUCGCGUUGCUAAACUUAACGAACUUCUCCGUUUCUCCAAGACAUUCAAACUCAAGACCCCCAUCCCGAGCGACCUGAUCGGUAUCCUGGCGAAAGAUCCGGCCAAGCAGGAGGCUAUCGUCGAGAAGGCACAAAAGGAAUCCAGUGAAUCAACUUCCCCAGCUAAGGCGAGCCCUUCACAGGCCCCGGUGGCCAGCAACACCCCCAGGAAAGCCGAUGUUCCACAACCUCAACCACCUGUGCCAGAACGACAAGCGUUCCAUCGUGGCCGUGGGGGAUUUCAAGCAGCUGGACGGUCUGACCGAUCCGGAGGCCAGCAACAGCCACCGCUCUUCCCAGGUCGAAACAACAGCGCUCCGUUUCAAUCGAGAUUUAAUGCACAUCAGCAAGAUCGCAAGAAUAUUCAGCCUCCUCCCAUCCCUGCACCGAUUCCCAUUAUUGAAGGACGUGUCCCUCCAACUGGGCCGAUGGCCGAUCAAACUGGAAUGACCAGCCCGCAGAGAUCCAACAUGCCCACCCCCAAUUCCGCCAUUUCUGGAAAAUUCAACCUCAAUGUCAAAGCCUCCGAAUUUCGACCGACUGCCGCCUCGUUUAGUCCAGCAGGUCCUUCACAAACCCCUUCAAGCCCUGGCUCAACCCAACGUGCAGGUUCCAUCUCCCGAACAGCCUCUCCCUCGGUGUUCUUUGGUAAUAGAAAGCCCAAGCCGGCUUCCCAGAGGCCCUCUAUUGCCAAAGACUUCAACCCGAUUGUCCGAAUGAAAGCAGAAUAUGCUCCAAAGAAAGCCACCGAGGGUACAAAACCCGAAGAGGUCCAAAAAGACUACAGCAAUAAUGGGGGCAUACCGAAUGCUUUCCAAACGGGACCAAGAUGGACUGUCAAGCCCGAAAACGACCAAAAGACUUAUGAGGAAGUAUUCGAACAGCCCACAGCACAUCCUGUGGUCUCGCCUGCUCAGAGCCGCUCGUCAUCGAACCAUCAUAUUCCAUACAUCGGGCAGGGUAUGGCGAUCCCUAGUGGACCUGCCAACAUCCCGCACAUUUCAACCCCACAGCACGUGCCACACAACAACUCGCACCAAUUUCCUCAUCAAUACGAGGAUGGUGGUCAUCGAAUGCAAUACGGAGCGGCGACCCCACAGGUGUUUUCGUCGCCAAACAUGGCUUCUCGUCAAGCUUCAGCGUAUGCUUCACCUAUGGCACACCCUGCUCAACUCUCUUACCAGUCGCAACCAUAUUUCGGGACACCUACCGGCCAGAUGCCCAUGCAAAUGCGACCAUAUCCUGGAACACCUGGCAUAAUGCAUGCUCAAGUGGGGCAGAUGAAUGCACCGAUGAUGGUUCAACAGCCAUCGAAUGGCCCAUACAUGGCGGUGCCGCAGCAUUUCAAUCACCAAAUGCAGAUGUAUGCGCCAAAUCCCACUCAAGUGUAUCCCCAGCAGAAUGGGGGUUACUCCAGUCCGGGGCGGAUGGCGCCGAUGAUGAUGCAGCAAGGAUCGCAACAAGGCCACCCGCCGGCGCCCAACAUGAUGUUUAGCGUCUCCAAUCAAGGAGCGGCGCCGAUGGCAUAUCCGCAGCAACAAAUGGGGAUGCAUCGUGGCAGCUAUGGGGGAGGGCACCAAUAUGGCUCUACACCGCAUCAGGGGUAUGCCAUGCAGCACCGAACCAUGAGCAGCGGAUAUGGCCAGAUGUCGCAGAAGAUGCAUCACCAAAUGCAGGCAGCUCACGGACCUGCGAUGAAUGGACCCCCACAAGGAUCGGCAUAUGGUCAAAUGGAGGGAGGUCAGGAUGACGGCAAGUGA